CUUUGGGUCCAUGACUUCACUCCACCACCCGGAGGUAAAGACAGCCAACAACUGUGGCAACUGGGCUCGAAACAGAUCUAUCAAAUCAAUGAAUUUUAGAAUUUUCGAUUAAUACGGCUUUCCCCUUCAGAUAUGGAACCCAGAUUUCCGCUCCUGGUCCCGCCGACCUGCCGUAGGUGCGGAAAUCCAUGCACACGCUUUCCCACCGGGGACUGGAACAGCUACGGCAACGCAGGCCGACCUUUCUACAGCUGCAGAGACUACGAUCGCCACACGGAGAGCGUCUUUGGCUGUUUCGACGACGCCAUCGGCGUAUCGCACGCCAACCCGCCCUGCCUGUGCGGGUACUUCAGUCGCCGGACCAGGAGGAACGACGGCGAGUCGCACUUCUUCUCCUGUCCCGUCGGUAGAUGCGGCUGGAGCUUGACCGACUACACUUCAGAGGGCACUCCCUCACAGGGGGUCUUGGCCAGCCCUAGCGGGUCUAGCCCCGGCUAUAGCCAGGCGGCGAUCGAUACACUCUCUGCUCAAGCCGCACCCAGCGCGAACUCAAGUCAACAAAUCGUCCCACCGCGACCCGUUCUUGCUGACGGCACCUUAUCUCAGGCAGGGCCGCCUAUUUUCCCACACAAUGGUAACAGUCAUUUUGACGAGGAGGAGUCCCAAGAACCCGUUCCGCAAACACUUCACACCGUCAGCUAUCACGAGUCGGCCGGAGAGAUUUCCAAGUCUCGUAGGCGGCUCCUAUGUUGCACAGUGAUGUGAUUGUUCAGUCAUCACAGGGGCUGUAUACGAGUACCCGGUAUUGUGGCGCGUGUGGUAAGCCUAGGUGGUCAUAAAGCACGCCUCUGUUGUGGUUGUUAGUUAGUCCCCACUAGUGUUAGUGUAUUCUCAAGUGGGACCGUCGG